GGACACUGGCCUGGCGAGGUAGGUAUAAACGCCACGAGGUUGAGCUAACCAUCGCCUCAACCGCCACCGCGCACGCAAAGAAACCCAAAAUUACACCCGCAGCCACCGAUGGGAAUGAGUCUAGCUUCAAUCCGACCAGCACAGACCUGAUCAAUGCCACUGCAAAUGCACAGGAGAAGCACGUUGUCCGGACCACUGCGGCGCAUGAGUUGUGUGAGGAUGACCACGAUGCGUUUGAAGUCAAUCCGCCCA